UUGUUCGGUUUUUAUAUGAAUGAAUAUCGACGAGGUAUUUCACAAGGCUUAGACAGAGCAGUCUGUUGGUCUUUGGUACCCUUUCACAUCUUCCCCACGGAAGGAGCUGAUGUUCUUUGUCCUCUUCUUUUGCAGAACUGCCUGAGGAGGAGGGAUGCCGGGUUGUUAAAUCAGUUACAAGAGCUGGAUAAGCAAAUAAGUGAUCUCCGCCUGGACGUGGAAAAAACGACAGAUGAGCACCUGGAGACAGACAGCCGUCCAAGUUCAGGGUUUUAUGAGCUGAGUGAUGGAGCUUCUGGAUCGCUUUCCAAUUCAUCUAACUCAGUCUUCAAUGUACACCCCAAGUACCAGUGCGAUCUGGUGUCUAAAAACGGGAACGACAUCUACCGCUACCCCAGCCCUCUCCACGCCGUGGCUGUGCAGAGCCCCAUGUUCCUCCUCCCUGUGACCGAGAACCCCCAGCGAGAAGAGGAGAGGCUGGCUUGCGACAUGAGUGACGUUUGCACCCCAUCCGAAACGGACUCGGGACAAUCCGCCGGCGCCUUCCCCCCGCAGAGCUCCUGGCCGGUGCCGUGCCCUUCUGCCAGCAGCAAGAGGAUAGACAGCUACAUCCUCAGCCUGGUUCAGAAAAAGACUCACGCGGUGAGGACUAACAAACCCCGCACGAGUCUCAACRCCGACCCCACCAAAGGGAUCUUGAGGCACGGCAGCAUGUGCGUGCGGCAGCCGGCAGCCAUGGUGGCCCACGGCAACGUGGUCAACCUGAAGAGCUCCAAGCAGGUGUGUUUGCCUCCUGGUGGGACCCCCGCUCCGGACCACACGGCUCCCUCYCCGUUGAAGCAGAGGCCGAGGGAGCCGGCUGGGGAGCAGAUGGAGAGCAGGAAAGCCCCUUUGCCGGCAGCAUUCCCACCCGGAACAACAACGGAACUCCAGAGCAAGCACCUGCCGCGGGGCAGCGUGGCCAAAGCGGCGCCGCCGGAGCUGGGGCGCAGCGCCACGGCCACAGCAGGGGACGUCCCCAAGGAGAACGGCCAGCUCUUCGCUGCGCCUCCCAAAGACACUCCGGGGAAGCCGGUGCUGCUGCAGCCGGAGAACAGGGUCAGCCAGCCGCCCAAAAAGAUCCUCUUGAAGAGCAGCUUGCAGGCGGCUCGCUCCUCAUCGCCGGCCGUCGAGGAGAGGCCCGCGCUGGAUUUCAAAAGCGAGGGCUCCUCCUCGCAGAGCCUGGAUGACGGGCUGCUGGUGAACGCCCAGUACAUCCCGGCCCAGCAGCAAAGCAUGAAGCUGCACAAAGGCACCCGCAACGUCAAGAUCUUGAAAAGCUCCGCCUUGAAACACCGGUCCCACCUUGCCAACGGGGUGGAGAACAGCUCGCAGACCUUGAGGGAGAAGGCCAAACCGGCCGGCAAGAAGUGCCGCUUUCCCGAGGAGUUGGAUACAAAUAAGAAACUGAAAAAGCCCUCGUCGCGGGGGAAGAGAGGCAGCGGUUUGCCGCUGGAGCCGGGUCUCCCGGGCCGGCAAACCGGUCUACACCGAUCCGCCCUCCGCUCCCACGGCCACGGCCGCGAGGUCGUGGUGGCCAAGCCCAAACACAAGCGGGCCGACUACCGCCGCUGGAARUCCUCGGCGGAGAUCUCCUACGAGGAGGCCCUGCGGAGGGCGAGGAGGAACCGGCGGGAGGCCGUGGGGGUCUACUCGCAGGUGCCCCUGCCCUACGUCAGCCCCUACGCCUACGUGGCCAGCGACUCGGAGUACUCGGCCGAGUGCGAGUCCUUGUUCCACUCCACCGUGGUGGACACGAGCGAGGACGAGCAGAGCAACUACACCACGAACUGCUUUGGAGACAGCGAGUCAAGCCUGAGCGAGGUGGAGUUCGUAGGGGAGAGCACGACCACCAGCGACUCUGACGAGAGCGGGGGCCUGAUUUGGUCCCAGUUUGUCCAGACGCUCCCCAUCCAAACGGUCACGGCGCCGGAGCUGCAUGAAAAUGCGGCCAAGGCCUUUGUCAAAAUCAAAGCCUCCCAUAACCUCAAGAAGAAGAUCCUCCGCUUUCGGUCGGGCUCCCUGAAGCUCAUGACCACCGUCUAGCGAGGUGACUUGGUGGAAUGUAUCUGCUUCUGCUUUCAGAAGCAAGGUGCUUUUUUUUUUUGUACAUAUUUCCACAGAUUUUUUGUUUUUAUACAAAUAUUUAAAACUUAAGGUAAAUUAUGUCACUUGUCUUCAGAACUUGGGUGGAUACUAGUGCCUUUUACGUGGAAAUAAAAGACAGUUACACUUGUUUAAAAAAACCCAACAACACAACACUGCCAUUUCAGUGGUGAACAGCCUCCAGCACGUGGUGUCAGAAGGCUUUGAGAAAAGGCUGAUGUCUCUAGGAAUGGAUCUUCCUUGCYCAGUGUUUCCAGUUCUGGGUCUUAAACAGGAUAUCGACAGCUUAAGGUCAUAAGUUUUUAGGGAAUAAAGAGGAGGGAGUGAGGGUGAUUCUUCAUGUUUUUGCUUGUCCCUUUCUGCUGCUGCUGUUGCCACAUCUUGAACUUCUUCCUUCUGGUACUCUGGUCUGAUUUUUUUUUUCUUCUCUUGUUGAUUCUCUUCUUGAAACUCACUCCUGUCCUCCCCCAGCCUUCCCCCACCAGGAAAGGGCUCCUGUUCCAUCAGUCUCCGAGGUUAAGUUGCCUUCCCUGGAGUGCACUCUGCUCUGAUCUCCUGGGAGUCCCGCUGUGGAUGGUGGCGGUGUCCAGAGUAAACUGUUGGAGCAGCUGACCAAGGCUCAGUAACUUCAUUAUAUUGUGUAAAACUGCUUUUGAAAAAGAAAAAAAAAACCCAUAUGCAUGUCACGUGCAUGAGUAUCAGUAGUUUUAAUAUUCCUGUUGAUGUCCAAUUUACUGUACAUCAUCAAUGGCUGUUUUUAUAUAUAUAUAUAUAUAUAUCAUUGUGUAAAUUAAUAUAACACAUCAUAUGCUGUAAUAAACAGUCUGUUUUAAUACUUUUUAAAGUUUGUUACGUUGGUACAGACCCAGUCAAUGCUUUUAUAUUGGUUUUGUCACCACUUAGAUGUCUCUGAUGUGUCCUGUUAACAUUCCCUCUAUUUAGCCAUGCAGGAAAUGGGACAAGUUUAAAAUGUUGCUGUGGAUAUGACUUGUGCUUUGAGGGAGUUGGCUUGUCAUGGCUCCUCUUGUUCUUCCCAUAACUUUGCAUUUUUCCGAGGGCAAGGUGGGAUUUAGGAGCUCAGAGGCAUCUUCAGGUUGUUGCUGAUGGGCAGCUCACGUUGCAGAGCAGAUGGAAGUGUAAUAUUAAUCCUCCUCUCUGUCUGGGUGCUUGCAGUCUUUGGUUGGUACAACACGGGGGCAGAUGGUUGRUUUCUGUAACCAAAUCGAUCCGUGGGACACAACAGGUGUCCCCCUGGAAUGUCCAGUAAGUGAAUCCCCAGGAGCUGUGUGCUCUGGGAGCUGAGCUGGGUGGAGGAGAGCAGGGGCUGGCUGCCCGUGGUGCCCUCUGUAGCUUUGGCAGGCUACUGUCCCAGCUCUGACAAGGUCACAGAAGGUGACAACUGGGUCACCCACCAGUCUCUGUCUUGGCUUCUCCCACAGGAUGGAGGGGAGUGUGGCAGCAAAGGAAAAAGGAGCCCUCCACAGGCACUCCUUCCACUCACAAUGGAAGCUUUGGAGCUUCUUGGUGGGAAGGCUGGAGGUGUUGGGCAGGUUGAGCUGGUUCCUACAGGUUCAUCUUCUGCUUUGGCAUCCACAGAGCAGUGGACAAACAACCGGAGUGGGUGCUGUGGCUGGUGGGGAUUGUGUGGAGCCUGUCCCUUCCGUGGCAAGGUCUGCYGAGCAGAGCUUCCCUUUGUGGUUCCUGUGUGUCCUCCCUGCUGUCACCCACCUGAAAGGCAGAGCAGUUUUUUUUCUCAGGUUUCCUUGAAUCGCAAAUGUAGGAAGGAAAGAUCCACCCAAAAUGAAACAUUUCUGGGAGCAGCUUCUGAGACAGGGGGAGCACAUUUCCUAAGAGGCAGAUUUUCUUUUUUAAUC